AUGUUGUCUGGAACCAUUCGUGGACUGGGGCACAUGACCGAUCCACACGUGACACCAGCGAAGUGGUCUACCGUAUUUGCCAAGUAUACCAGUAACACCUACAACGGGAGCAACACGAUCGCGUACCAGAAAUACGUCCUGGACAUUCUUGUCGAUCUGAUCAAUCACCAUUCCGUGGGCGUCGAGGGACUGCGCUACCUGAUCGCUUGGAGCAUGUUCCGACAGCUGGUGCGCUACACGGAGCCAACACUGCUGUUGGGCAAAAAGACUGCGAGAGAAGCCUGCUACGAUGAAGUCCUCGAAGUCAUGAAGCUGGCAGUAGUGAGCCCAUUCCUGCAAACGAUCGUCAAACCGGAAAUGGUACGAGAGGCCCAGAGUUUGUUGACCACGAUCAUCGCGGCCUUCCGAAAAGCCUUGGUUGCAUCGCUUUGGCUGACAGGCAAGGCAAGAAUCAUUGCCCUCAAGAAGAUCGAUAGGGUGCAGCAACACGUGGGGAGCCCGGGUCGCCGAUUGGACCCCGCCUACGUGGAGGAGCUUUAUGCUCCGCUGCCGGACGUGCUUCCGAAUAGGUUCUUUGCGUCGUGGAGGAAAGCACUCUCGCUCUCGCGUCACCAACAAUGGGCCGACCAACAUACAUGGCUGUACGACGAAGCGGAAGUGGACGCUGAGUACUCUGUACACUUCAACUCCAUAAUCAUCCCGACAGCGAUGCUGCAGCCUCCGUUCUUUUUCUUCGAUAGCCCGCCCGCCCUGAACUACGGUGGCAUUGGGACGAUAAUGGGCCACGAAAUCAUGCAUGGCUAUGACGUUCAGGGCUCCAAUUACGACGAGAGAAGCCACUUCGAUCCCUGGAGAACGGAACAGAUCGGAGAGGAGUACACCAAUAGAACAUUCUGCAUACGACGAUCACAUAGAGCUGCUCUAAGGAUGAGGUCCGAACAGGAGAUGGUAAACGACACGCUGGACUCGGAGAACUUGGCCGACUUCGUGGGCACCCUGACCGCGUACGCGGCCUUCGCCUCGUUGCCCCCGCCAGAGCGGGACAUCGAGCUGUCGGGCCUCAACAUGACGGCCGAGCAGAUCUUCUUUAUCAGCCGUUGCGUGCAGUGGUGCGAGCAGGAACCCUUAAUCGGGGAUCGGUAUGCGCCGAGCCGAUCCCGCUGUUUAGUGCCACUCAUGAACAUGCCACAAUUCUCCGCGGCGUUCGCCUGCCCUUCGGGGACACCCAUGAACCCGCGGAAGAAGUGCACUUUCUGGUAG